AUGGACUAUCGUGACCUUAUCAUGCACAACCUCUCCACCGAAUUCAGCGACAACAUCUCGGAGGCGGUGCGCAUCGUGCCGAUGCGGCUGCGUGUAGCGUCGCGCUCGCCGUGCUUGGUGCCCGGGUACGCAGACCGCCCGACGCUGCACGUCGAGGGCGAGACCUCCGGGUCCUCGCCGAGCGGGCAUGUGCGCCGCUUGCACGGCACGGUCGGCGUCGUCGCGGAUGGGAGCGUGCGGUGGUGCCUAUACUCCACGGUGGACGGCGGCGACGCGGACGAGUGGGUGACCGAGGGUCUCCAGGUAGGCGGACUCAACUCAGCCAUGGGCGUCCUGGGUAUGUGGACGGGCGCGCAGCACGAGCGCAUGGACCCGCUAGGGCCAUUUUGGGCUUGGAAGGUUGGCUAG